AACAACCAAAGAAGCUUUACCUCUUUACUGAGCGGCCCUAAUCAACCGGAACACCUUGCGGGGUGGUGUAAUCGAUAAAUCAGUACGCCGUGGAACAUAACCUUGAUCGGUCGAAACACCACAAGUCUCGCUGGUCUGUGGUCAAUUUUGCAGUGAAGUUGACUUAAAUCUAUCUGUUUUUUCACCGGUGAUCCGCUUUUUACAACCGUGUACCGUUUGAAAUCAGACAUUAUGCUGUGCUCGAGUAGCAUCGUGGUACGCCGAGGGAUCGCUUCCAGCUCGCAACUAUGGCGCAGUGUACAGGCCGCACCGCAACUCAGCAACGACGAUCUGAUCGAUUCCGAAUGGGCCACCGCUAAACCAUACGAAAGUAUUCCCGGACCGAACAUUUGGAAGAUGGUGACCGGUUUUAUGAAAGGCGGGCGUUAUGCGGAUCUGAGCUUGGUCGAUCUGCAUAGCCGGUUGCGGGAUGAUUUUGGAUCGAUCCUCAUGUUGCCGGGUAUGAUGGGCCGAAAAGAUGUCGUGAUGAGCUUCGACCCAGAGGAUUUUCAAAAGGUGUUUCGUACGGAGGGAACCUGGCCGGUAAGGCGUGGUCUGGACGCAAUGGCGUACUACCGGCAAAAACUACGACCGGACGUGUUUGGCGAAAUGGGUGGUUUAGUGACGGAGCAAGGCGAAAGCUGGCAAAAGAUGCGCACGAUUGUGAAUCCCGUCAUGAUGCAGCCCAAAACAAUGCGGUUAUACGUGGAUCAGGUGGAUGAGGUGGCUCGUGAGUUUUUGGAAAUUGUAGCGGGUUUGCGCGACUCAAAACAAGAGCUACCGGGCGAUUUUGAUCAAUGGAUUAACCGUUGGGCCCUGGAGACAAUGGGUGUGCUUGCAUUGGACACGAGGUUCGGUGUUUUGAAGACGGACCAAACUGAGGAAGCGAAAAAGAUCCUGGCGCUUGUGAGAAACAUCUUUGACUUAAGCUAUCAACUGGACAUAUUACCCUCGAUAUGGAAGUACUACAAAACACCAACCUUCAACAACUUGAUGACUACAUUCGAUGAACUAACAGAUAUUAUCAUGGCCAAGGUAGAUGAUGCUGUGAAGAGAAUAGAGAAGCAUCCAACUGCCGAAGGGAACCAGAGUGUCCUGGAGAAGCUGCUUAAGAUCGAUAAACACGUGGCCGUGAUUAUGGCCUUGGACAUGCUAAUGGCAGGAAUCGAUACCACAUCUUCCGGUUCAAUGGUCAUGAUGUACUGUUUGGCCAAGAAUCCCGACAAGCAGUCGAAACUUCGCGACGAACUACGCACAAUCAUGCCUAACAAGGAUUCACCUUUGACGGCGGAGAAUAUGCGUAAUCUACCAUAUCUUCGCGCCUGCAUCAAGGAAGGAUUGCGAAUGUAUCCUCCGGUAAUUGGUAACUUCCGGGCAACUGGUCGUAAUAUUGUGCUACAAGGAUAUCGUAUUCCGAAGGACACGGACGUCGUGAUGGGUUCGUUGGUGUUGCAGCAUGACGAGAAACGCUUCACUCGCGCCAAGGAAUUCCUUCCGGAACGUUGGCUUGCAGAUCGCGAUGCAGACAUUCCCAGUGGUAAGGACGCGAACCCGUUCAUCUUCCUACCAUUCGGAUUCGGGUCUAGGAGCUGCAUUGGUAAGCGACUAGCCAUGAUGGAGAUGGAAAUCAUAACGGCGCGCCUCAUCCGCAAAUAUGAGGCACGAUGGAACUAUGAGGACUUCAAAGUGCGAGCCACACUUGUCAAUAUUCCAUCUAAUCCAUUGCGGUUCGAGUUGAAAGAGGUUGAUCACUGAUCGAGGAUACUUUUGGAGGUAUUUUAAAUUAAGUAUCCAAAACGUUGUAUAAGAUAUUGGCUUUUAUAUAAAUGUAUCACGUUUGGUGA